GCAUGUUUUGCUUGAUGUUAGCGGUGACAUAACAAAAACAUUGCUCUUGUCGGCAAAUAGUUAAAAUUAAUUAUAUUUAUCUGAUUUCCCUGUUUAAUUGCAUUGUAAAAUGGUUUUCACAUCAGUAGUAAAUUUAGUACGUGCCCGAGGACCGGACGAGUUCUGGAGAAAACGUAAAAUCUUCAAAUUGGCCGCGCAUUACAUCGGUAGAUCACGCAAUUGCUAUUCGAUAACGAUUCGCAGCGUUCACCGAGCCUUGGCUUACGCUACCAAAGGACGGGCACUCAAGAAGCAGGACAUGCGAGAACUGUGGACACACCGCAUCAAUGCCGGCUGUGAGCAACAUGGGAUGCAAUUUGAAGCCUUCCAGAAGGGACUGUACAGUAGCGGUAUUUUGCUGAAUAGAAAAGUGCUGGCCGACUUGGCCAUCUGGGAGCCACGAACCUUCGAAGCGCUUGCCCGAAUAAGUCAAAAUGCCAGCGAAGACGAAGACUCAUCUUCAAAUAAGUGAACAAUAAAUGGAAAUAUCUGAUAGAUCAA